AUGUCUGCAAGCCAGUCCACCGUCGCCGCUCCCGCUGAGGGAGGCCCUGUCGAUGCUAUCGUCGCCCGUCUCAUGGCUGAGACUGGCGCGUCCCAUGUGAACUUCAAGAUCUCUCCUGCCAUGCCUGUCAACGGCAAUCCUGGUGCCCCUGGUGCUGCUUCCUCUGCUGGUGUCUCUAUCGACAAACUGGUCGCCGACAUCAAGGAGAAGACUGGUGCCACCACUGUCCGCUUCAGGCUCGUUCCCAACCACCUUGUCAACAUCAACGAUGGGAUGGCUGCGGCGUCCAAGGCUAAGCUUUAA